AGGGUAUCUCCCGUGCACUGACCGGGGUUGAAUCCGGCAAUCUACAUGCACGUGGAAUCUCUUGGGCACCAUCAUGCAACGCAGUAAUGCCUAAUCAUCCAAACCUGGAAAGUCGACUACGAUGCUAUAUCCUUCGGAUCCGAAAUACCAACACAAUAUGGCGAACUAGCCACUCAUGAUAUCAAUGGUGAUGCGUUUGCGUUCAGUCAUUUGAUCGUGAUAGACUUGGGCCUUGACCCGAUCAGGCAAUGCGAUCCCGCUGGAGCUGAAAUCGACAACCGCCAUCAACUAUCCUUUCAUCUUCUGCUACUCUGGUCCCGUCCUUGCGGAAGAAUUGUUGAACUGUUUCCAGGUUCCGACGAAUAUUAUUCCAGAGUACUGUUCACUAUCUCCACUCUGACAUUUAUUAGCACAUGAACAUCAACGUCUACUUGAAGCAUCACAGCCUGUGACAUUGUCCAGGCAACCGGCGCCGUCCAUACAAGACUGCAAGAAGUGUGAUAUGCACGCAGCAGUACUCACAUGCUCCAUUUGGCAGUAGUGAGCAGUAUGACCAUUGAUCACAUCCAAGGGAUUGGCGGUGAGUGGUGAACCUCGACACUCAUUCGGGAUAUAAUUGCCUCUUACCACUAACUGGGAUUAUAUAUCAUCAUGGUAAGGAGCUGCCGUUACAAUUUAAAACUAACAAUAUAACUUCAUUACGUUGAAAGCUAUUCGGUGUCUCACAUCGUAGCGGUUCCUGUCCCGUCUACUUCCGCGUCUCAAAGGAUACCCGACUACCAUAUUCAAAUGGAUGAAACUGCCACGAAAACACUCCCUGCAUCAUGGUACUGUUCACAAAAGCUGUACCAUCUCGAACAACUAGCGGUUUUCUACAAGGCAUGGUAUCUUGUUGGAGCAGUGCCCCGCUUUGCCGUCGAUCAAGAAGUCGAAUAUGAAUUUGCCGGUGUGGCCAUUGUCGUGAGCCAUAAGGGCAACGAGAAGUUCAAGGUGACCAGGAAAGCUGAUGCCACACCUUUACGAUCCUACCUGACACCCACCGGCCUACUCUUCACCACGAUUGACGCCAGCGCACCUUCAUUCGAAGAUUGGUUCCCGCCUUCGCUUCUGGACCUCCUGUCACGCUACGACUUCCGCCGUCUCCCGCACCGUCGCUCGAUCAAGUAUCCAGGCCGAUUCAACUGGAAAACCAUGGUCGACGGAUACCAAGAGUGUCUGCACUGCCAAUACACGCACCGAACCUUCAGCGUGAAAUACCCACCGACCUUCUACGAGGUACACAACCACGGCACAUACAGCCGACACGUGGCGGACCCGACGAAGCCAGAUGACGGUUUGUUCUUGUACUUCUUCCCCAUCUGUACGCUCAACCUGUACGGUGGCGGCAUGAGCAGUUUCCGCGUCUGUCCUGGCGCGAAGGUCGGUGAGACCCGCAUGGAGUUUGACUACUACUUCGACGACGGACACGGUGGCGUCAAGGGGUUCGAGGAAUACUUCCUCUUCGUCCGUAAAGUCGCCCUCGAGGACUUUGAGUUGUGUGAGGUCGCCCAGUCGAAUUUGGAGAGAGGUGUCUAUACCCAGGGUGUGUUGAAUUCGGUCAAGGAGAGUGGUGUGUUGCACUAUCAGCAACUGACGCGCAAAAUGGUCGUGGACAAAUUCAAAGAUGAGGAAGCUGAGAAGAGGAACAAGUAUUAUCUGGAUACGUCGACCUCGACUUCGACUUUGACGCCGUCGGCAUUGAGUCUGACACCAGCUUCUUCGACUUUGGCAGCUUAGCCUUCUUGAGACGUCUCUAGGAUAUCCUCUUGUGUGUGCAACACGCCGCGCAGCGGCAGCAGUAUCGUAGCUUGGGCCAGAAGUCCAAGUUCCCCUUGCUCUAUAUCUUUAAUGAGCCAUGAAUAUAUACUAGUACAGUAUCUGUCUACCUGGAUACCUAACAACAGCAGUAAGAUCAUCCGCAGUGGUAUGAAAAAAAAAGCAAAAAGCACCCAAAAAGUUAGUGAUGAUCACAAGUAGACUGAUUUACCAAUUUUAUUACAGAGCACAAUUAUGUACCUGGGUAGCUGCCACAUAGCUAGCCCUCAGCUCUCAGUCAAUGCAUCAAUCUGACCAUCAAGACCGCCAGAGCGGACUUCAAGUCGCAUAAGGUACACACACAAUCUCCACCAUCAGAUCAGUUCCAGAAAGAUACGCCGUGUGUCCGGAACGGGACAGCCUUGGUUUGCUUUGACCUGUACAUACCUAGGUCUCCAUGCUGAUCUGAUCCUUGUCGUUCUCUGCUCGUGUCAUUUACCCGUUCCUCUCUGCUCAUUUCGCAGUCCUUGCCGUUGCUGUUCAUGGUCCAUGUUGACCACUAUUGACCACCACCACCAUGAACAACCGAUUCUUCACUCAACCGACCCCAAACAUCACCACCAAGCCCAAAUCCUUCCUGCGCAACCGCCCUCUUGGCAAACUCGAUUUCCACAAACGGUUUUCUACCACCUGCACCACCUACACCAGCAGCACCAGCACUUCCACCAGCAAUACCAGCAGUAGCACCACCCGUACCAGUACUAGUACCAACCAAAGAAUCCCAACCAUCCUCGCCCACACCACGAUAAACACCAUGAUAAGAAUUCUCAUCCGAAACAGUGCGCUUGACGCGUUCAUCGGCCUCAAUCGCAUCGACCCAUUGUUGCCAGCGAGUGCCGACCUCGGGACGUGGGAACCCGCGAUAAUAGCUUAGGACCCUAGACAGCCGAAUGAUCCAGGGGGCGAACGCGACGUCGACGAAACCCAUUUCAGAACCUAAAAAGAAGGGACCUGUGGCGUGAGAUGCGUUGAGGAGGGAGGUGAUGUGUUUCUGGAGCGUGGAUAUGAGGAUUGAGUGUUGCUGUUGAUGCUGCGCAGCAGCAGGAGCAGUAGCAGGAAUUGGACCACCAACAUUGACAUUGCCAUUGUUACUACCAUUGCCAUUGCCGUUGGUUGGAGCUUGUCCUUGUCCUUGUCCUUCAGUAGUAAUGUCCUCGUCCAUCAUUUCCAAAUCGCCCUGCUGCUGCGGACGCUGCUGCUGCUGCUUCUGUCGAUGGGAAGAUGUUGCAGGCGGAGGCGUAAGCAACAGAGCAUAAAAGGCCGGCAAAAUCUUGCGAUUGAUAUGAUCUGUCCACAACCGACAGUGGGCUCGGAGCUGCGGGUUCCCUAGAGGCAAAAGACUAUAUCCCAUUGCCAGAUCUUCAAGGUACUCCAAGACAACACCGCUCUCCCAGAUGCCCCAGUUACCGUGGCGAAGACAAGGGAUAUGGCCUUCUGGGUUGACCUCCAACAGCUCAGGGGGCCGAAACGGGUCGAGAUGCGCGGGCAUCACUUCGACCAUCUGAUAGGGAAUGCCCUUGACUUCCAGAGCGAUCCAGACGCGCUGGGCGAAGGGACACAAACUGUUUGCAAAAAACGUGAUUUUUGAGGGUGCCGGGGUUGAAUGGCUGCGUGCGGUGAAGAAG